AUGGCAGCAGCUCCCCGAUCUAUUUUAAUCUUUUUCAUCAUUGCAAUCUCUGCAUUCCAUCUAUCAUAUUCGAAACCUAAUGGUUUCACCCUCAAGCUCAUUCCCAGGGACUCACCCCAAUCUCCAAUAUUCCCAGGAAACCUCACUACACUCCAACGAAUCGAAAGACUCAUUGAAUUCUCUCGAGCUAGGGCUCGAUAUAUAGAACUAACUUCGUCUCCAAAUGCAACCACCUUGCACCCCGAUAACAUACGUCUCACUUUGCUUCGGGAUAACUUCUUCUACAUGGUGCAGGUAGGUGUUGGAACUCCGACCACAGGAGUUUACCUUCUUCUAGAUACUGGCGGUGGCCUAAUUUGGACGCAGUGCCUGCCUUGCAUAAAUUGCUACCCGCAACGAACUCCCAUGUUCGAUUCGAGUAAAUCCAACACGUAUCAAAAUCUUCCUUGCAGCCACCCUUUAUGUCAGGGCGACCGUUCGCUCUACAAAUGUGUCAAUAAUGAAUGUGUCUACAACAUUAACUACGGUGGAGGAGCAUCAACUUCAGGCAUCGCUUCCAUAGAAACAUUCACAUUCCCCGUCGACACGGCCUCAACUGUACGUCUUGGUCCAGUUGUUUUUGGUUGCUCAAAGAAUACCCAAAACGUUCAAUUUGCCAAAGGUGGUGCCAUUUCAGGGGUCUUGGGAUUGAGCUUGUCUCCGGAUUCGUUGGCUUCACAGUUGAGUGCAACGACACAGAACCGUUUCUCAUAUUGCUUGGUACCUUUCACUCAAGCACAGCAGGCACCAAGUCUUGUGAGGUUUGGGGACGAUAUUCCCCACCCAUCUUCAAAUAUUUAUAUAACUCCGUUUGUACCAACACCCCGAUCACAUUAUUUUCAUUUAAAUUUGUUGGACAUAAGUGUUGGAUUUCGCAGGCUAGGGUUUCCCCCGGGCACCUUUGCAGCGGCGCCAGAUGGUUCAGGUGGCUGUAUCAUCGACUCCGGCGCACUGAUUCCUCAGAUAAAUCAAAAUGUCGUAGGUGGAUGCAACGCCUACAGACAGGUGAUGUCUGCAUUUCAGAGCUACUAUAAUUCUUUCCAGCAGCUUAUGAGGAUCGGUAAAGUGCCUCAAGGGUUUGCUUUGUGCUACAAGUAUCCCCCAGAUUUCAAUAUGUUCACCAGCAUGACAUAUCAUUUUGAGGAUGCGGAUUAUAUUGUGGAUCCGAAAUAUGUGAAUUUUUAUGAUGAACAAGGAGGCUACUUUUGUGUGGCGUUGAUACCUGGAAAUGGGAAGACUAUACUUGGAGCAUGGCAUCAACAAAAUAUGAGGGUCACAUACAACGGCAACAUUAACUCGCUCCAGUUCUCUGUUGAGACUUGUUCUAAUGAUGUUUGA